AUGGACAGAUCAUUUUGGAUACCAAUUUUAAUUAAACACCUAAAUCCGGAAACUUUGCAGGAAAAAGUGAUAAUCAUAACUCAUUCAUUAUUGUUGGACCUUGGUUUUAUCCCGGUUAGAUCCAUUAAUAAUAAAGAUAAUGAGGUAGAAGAUGCUUCAAAUCAAACAAAUAUUUCUCAAAGAUUUGAAAUCCCCAUUUCUUCAAGGGAUAAAGGCAUUUUGAUUGAGUUAUUACCUUCAAAUUGGAAAUCAAAUAACGGAGAAUACAGAUUAUUUUAUAUCAACAAAACUCAUCAAAAACAGAUUUGUGAACUAGUACCAGAAUUGACAGUUGAGUUUAUCUCUUCUAAAGUAUCAGUUCUCUCAUUGAUAAGAAGUAGCCUUUUUGAGGAAACUUUGAAGCUGGAAUUCCCCUUUCAAACAUUAGGACACAGCAGUAGUGAUUCCUUAAUAUUUGAAUUAUCAGGUUCGAUUAAAGACAGAAUUGAUAGAUUCUUUAAUUCUAAUAAAAUUUAUAUUUUUAACAAUAAUUCGGAAAUCGAUACAAGAGAAAGGCAUAGAAUCUCUAAUCUAAGGUAUGAACCUUUAGUAGAAACUAAUACAAAGAUAACCCAAAAAUAUAUCGGAAACAAUUUCCCCAAAAGUUUGGACCCUUUAAUUGAUGAAAAAGGUGUAAAAGGAAACUUAGUAGGCCCAGAGAGCAUUAUUUUCAAAAACCAGCCAAAGUCAUUUGGGAUACCAAAAAAUAUUCCAACUUCUUCUAUUCCUGGCGGGAAUACUAUUCCUGAUAAUGAUAUGUUUUUCCCCCCAGGAAACAAUAACAGCAAUUAUAUGUUUAAUUUUAGUGAUUAG